UAAUUCGCCGAUCCAUCGUGGCGGCUGGUUCUUCACUGUCACGCCGCCCGCUUGCCUCCUUUGCACUCCGUACCAUGAGCUGCGAUGAACGUGCUAAGUCUGACGCCGCGGCCUCGUCGGGUGCUGCCUCCACCGCGGGCGAUACCAUCUUUGACAAGAUCAUUAACGGGCAAAUCCCCACCAAGAUUGCGUAUGAGGACGAGCAGUGCCUCGCAUUUCACGACGUGAACCCGCAAGCGCCCGUGCACAUUCUGCUUAUCCCCAAGAAGCGCGACGGACUUACGCAGCUCGCGCACGCCGAGGAGCGCCACGAAUCCAUCCUGGGCCAUCUGCUCUACACUGCCAAACAGGUCGCUAACCAGCAGAACUUAGACAAGGGUUUCCGUAUCGUUAUUAACGAUGGGGCGGACGGCUGCCAGUCGGUAUUCCACCUACAUUUGCACCUUCUUGGAGGGCGCAAGUUGGGCUGGCCCCCUGGGUAAUGGAGAGGCGAGCGUGUCGUGCUCGUGAUGAAAAAGGGGGGAGAACGAGCAUAAUGAACUGCGGAGGCAAUCGAGUAUGUUUGUAGGGAAGAAGCAAAAAUGAUCUUCAAGGUGAUGCAUCGCUUU